GUAUGUUGCUGCUGCUAUGCAACUUCUAACUCCUGGAGAGAUCUGUUACGGUUAAAGCUAGUUUCUUUGAAUCUGACCAUCCAUCUAGAACCCCCAAGGGUUAGGAAAGAACGGAAACAAUGGCCAUCCCAGAGAUCGACCCCAUGAUCCCCUCGCAAUUCGCCUCCGCCGAUGCAAUUCCAUCACCAUCACCCCCACUCCAACCAGAAGAAGAAGAAGAACCACGCAACGACACCCACGCCGACAAUCAAGCCCUCAAAGCCCAUCACAUCCUCAAACCUGAAAGCAACCGCAGCGCAUCCCCCCACAAAGUCCACCACCAUGCCGAACAUCCAGCAGGCGGCUACACAACAACCAACGGCAACACCACAACCAACGGCAACAUGCUCAACCGCAUCACGCAGCUCACCACGCAGCACCCCCUCCUCUCCACGCUACUUCUCGCGCAACUGAUUUGCUCCGGUGUGCCUGUGGCCUUGUUUCUCGGCGGCGUGGUCGUCUCCGCUGGCGUGGCGGCCGCGAUUUUCGCUGCGCUGGCUAUGUUGGUGCUUGGGCCGGUCUUGGUGGUUACGGUUGUGUUGGGGUUGGGGCUUUGGGGUUGGGGCUGGGUUUUGUUUUGGGGUGGGAGGAUCGCGAUGAGGGUUUUCCGCGGGGAGGAGUUGGGAGUUGCGCUUGGAGUGGGGGUUCGAGGGUGAGGUCUUGGGGUUGAGUGGAUUUGGGGUGGGUAGGAUGGGUAAAGCUGAGGUUGGGUCGGGUGCUCUGUAUCUUUAUUCAUUGUAUGGGUUCUGCUUGGUGGGUAGCAGGGUCAAGGUCAAGGUCAAGGUCAAGGUCAUGGGGCGUUAAACAAGGGUAAAGUGUAUGGAAUUGUAUGUUCUACAUUGUCGGGGUAUAUUAAUUCUGCUAGCUGACUG